UUUGCUACACAUACGUCACGCAGCGAAAGACCGAUGAACCGGAAGAGACGUUAUGGUUCAUUUCUAGAAGGUUUGGCCGAAUUAGAGUAAUUUGAUGUCAUCUCCAGAUGGAGAGGGAGACUGAGACUGAGACACUCUCAGCCACCAUGGCAGACACCUUGAAUGUGUCAGAGAGCAGGGGAAACACUACAGACAAGGAGGAAGACAGCUUCUAUGACUGUGAGGACAUGUUAGCUGCAGAAGAUACAUUACAGGUGGGACACACUGACGUAAAACUCACAGAGGUGGCUCAGAACGAUAGACUGGAAUCAGAUGCCGGGACAGAAAAAGACAACUCUAAAACAGAGAGACUGGGAAACAUGGAUGCCACUGACCGAUCGUGUUUGGGUAACACAUCAGCAGAGGAUUCUGAAGGACAUGAGGACUCAAUGGGAAUAGACCCAGGAUUUGGGGAAGACAAUAACAAAGAACAGGAGAAAUGGGAGAGAUUUGCAGAGGACAAUGAUAAGAUGGGGAGUGACUCGGAUUCAGAGUUUAAAGAAACAGUCAGCGUGACCGAGUAUGAUGAGGAAUACCUUUGUGAGUUAGAGAAAGACCUGACAGAAGUAGAGAAAGAAAGCAGAAGAAAGGAGAGCUUAGAGCUGAAGGAGAAGGGCAAUGCCCAGUUCAAGAGUGGCGAACAUGUAGAAGCUGAAGAGUCUUACACAGCCGCUCUGCAGGUCUGUCCUGUGUGCUACAGCAAAGAGAGAUCCAUCCUUUUCUCUAAUCGAGCUGCUGCACGCUUGCAUCAGGAUAAAAAGAAGGAUGCUAUCAGAGACUGUUCUAAAGCCAUAGAACUGAAUCCAAAUUAUGUUCGUGCCAUUCUACGGAGAGCAGAACUCUAUGAGAAGACAGACAAGCUUGAUGAAGCCCUAGAGGACUACAAGACUGUCUUUGAGAAAGACCCGAGCAUUUCUGCAGCUAGAGAGGCGUGUAUGAGGUUGCCACAGCAAAUUGAAGAGCGCAAUGAGAAGCUGAAAGAAGAGAUGAUGAGUAAGCUAAAGGACUUGGGAAACAUGAUUCUGCGACCCUUUGGCCUCUCCACCUCUAACUUUCAGGUCAACCAAGAUGCCAACACAGGAUCCUAUUCUGUUAAUUUUGUUCAGAAUCCAAAUAACAACAACAGAUAGCAAUCUAGCAUACCUUUUAAAUGGACAGUUCACUCAAAAAUGAUAUUGUGUCAUCAUUUACUCACCCUAAUGUUGUUCCAAACCCGUAUGACUUCCUCUCAUCUGUGGAACGCAUAAAAGAGAUAUUAGGUGGAAUGUAAGUCACCAUUCACUUUUAUUGCGUGUUUUUGCCGUACAAUGAAAGAUAAUAGUGACUGAGAUUAACAUUCUGCCUAAAAUCUCCUUUCAUGUACCACAAAAGAUUAAAAGUCAUACAAGUUUGGAACAGCAUUAGGGUGAGUAAAUGAUUACAGAAUUUCAUUUUGGGUGAACUACCCCUGUAAUGCAAUGAUCACCAUAAGAGUUAACCAACUAUCAACCCAUUUAAGUGUUUGUCACUCAUGAACUUUUGAGUCACAUCCCCAUGCUGCAUAAAUUCCUUGUGAAGCAUUGUUGCAGAAUUGCUUGCCACGGGUGAGUGAUUUCAGCUGUUUCCAUUCGAUUUGACCAAUUAAAUUAUCAGCUCAUGUU